AAGAUUUAUUAUAAUAUUUAUGAUAUGAAUUGAUGUGCACUAGGGUGUUUCUCACUUUUGUCUGCAGGUGCUGUGAGCAAGUUAGCCGAUCCUGUGGCAGGCGAGAGGAUGUAGUGUACCUGCUCUUUCUCAUUCUGUUUGGUAAUGCUGGGCUUCUGUUAAUUGACCACAUACACUUCCAGUACAAUGGCUUCUUAUAUGGCAUCAUGUUCCUCUCCAUAGCAAGACUACUACAGAGAAGAGAAGUUGAAGCUGCUUUUUGGUUUUCUGUCCUGCUCAACCUAAAGCACAUCUACCUGUAUGUUGCUCCAGUCUACUUCAUCUACCUCUUACGCUCCUACUGCCUCUCUUCAACUGUUGAAGGGCAUGUACAGUGGCAUUCACUGUCUGUGUUUCGUUUGGUGAAGCUUGGAGCAACAGUGGGAGCAGUUUUUGCCUUGUCAUUUGGACCAUUUAUUAUGAAAGUACAACUCAGUCAGGUUUUGUCACGACUGUUUCCCUUCAAACGUGGUCUGAGUCAUGCAUACUGGGCCCCAAACUUCUGGGCACUUUAUAACUUUGCUGAUAAAGUUUUGGAGUAUUUUGGCACUAAGCUUGGCUGGGUGUCACUAACAGGGAGAGCUGCCAUGACGGGGGGGUUAGUUCAAGAGUUUGAUCAUGCAGUUCUGCCUUCUAUAUCACCUUUAGUCACCUUUGUUGCAACAGCUCUAUCAAUAAUGGUGUGUGCUGUGCUGUUACAUGCUGUUUGUACAACGUACAUCCUGCAUAGCCACUGGUUGGAAGGUAGGAUGAGCCCCCUCUUUCUGCGCAUUCCUCUCUGUAAUUUGGGAGAAACUGUAUAUUUACUUGGCCUCAUUCCAUUAUUCUUUUAUCAACAAUUAGGCCAUGAUAUGUUAGAUCGUGAGAGAAAGAUGCCGUUUUUGCCUCUGAUGCUCAUAUCUGUAUAUUGUAGUGUUGGAGUGAUGUAUUCCUGGUUGAAAUAUUAUAAUUUUGUAUUAAAUCCAAGAAAGGGGAAGAAAAAAUCUCAUUGAGAUACUUACUGCUAUAUUUAAUGUGAAAUCUGUAAGGUAGCUAAGAAGCUAUCACUGCAGUUUUUUUUUUUUUUUGCAUGAUUAUGUUUAGAUUGUUAUCUGUUUACUGUACCAAUUUUUCAUUAAA